AUGUUACCUCAACAAUGUGAUGGCCCAGUAGUACCAAUACAUAAUUUCAAUUUGCGUGAGGCGGCCCAGUGUUUCACGACGGUAUGUAAUUUCAACGCUGAGGAACAUUGUCACAGCAACUACGAUGUUUGUUGCCCUCAGCAGCUUGCAUUGAAUCGCUGCUGCUGCUGUUACGAUGAUUGCAACUGCUGCUUGAUGGUGCCUUGUACGUGUUCUCCGACAAUGCCGUCUGAACGUCUCAAUACAAACCAUCAAAUCAUUUUAAACGCACGUUCGAAACUGCCAAGUUAUGCCGAUAUCACAAGUUCUUUAGUGAAUUUAGACUUGUACGAAGAUUUGAUAUCAAGAAGCAGAUCUUCUUUAUCUCAUUUACAACUUAGCAGCUGUAGUGACCUUCCGAGACGUGUUGCUGAUGAUUGUGAUAUCAAGCAAAGUUUAAGACAUGCAAUUGACCAAUGCAGUUCAAAUAAAAAAAUUCAAUUCAACGAACUGGAUAACCUCAUCAGUGCAAGUCGGUUUUCCCCCCCAAAAAAAGAAAUAAAAUUUGACAAAUGUGUUGAAAGCUACGAUCUGUGUGAGAAUCCAAUGCCUCCUCGAAUCCAACGUAACUUGAGCUUAGUGCAGAAUCUCCUGAACAAACGAGUGGCCAGUGGCGAGGAAUGCAUUCCUUGCCGCGACAGACGAAGCACGCUUAGUCAAUGCGUUCUCAAAAGUAAGAUGUACCAAUCAAAGUUGAAAAGUUGUGCGGAAAACUCGACGAACGGCGAUGAGGUUUGCUACAAAAUUACCAGCAGAGCAGGCGACGGUGGCGCGUCUAUGAGCAUGAGGAAUUAUAAGACGGUUUGCGACGACGAUAAAAUUACCUUCAAAUUCAACGAAAAUUCACAAUUUUAA